AGAGAGAGAAAGUAGGGGAUUUCUUUUGCCGUCACUAGCCUUCUCACCGUCGUUCUCGUCCACCUCCUGGCUCCGUACUAGGUUAGUCUUCCUCGUCCUUGUUCUUCCAUGUCUUCCCAAUCCUCCAUCUUUCGCCAGUCCGAGCCCGAGCGCGCUGCUGAGGGCUCUGUCGCCGGCCCCGCGCAGGAGAGCGACUCCCGCUCGCCCUCCGUCGAGGAGAUAGCCGAGGCGGUCGAGGUCCCUCUCCAGUCCGAGCCUCGUAACCAGAGGCGGACCACUCUCAAGGACUCGGGGAUCCGAGCGCAAAGGUGCACCCUUACUCGGGAGGAGUACCGCAAGGCGAAGCGCCUAGCCUCGGCGCUGGGCGUUACCGUGCGUCGUCCCACUUCCGAACAGUCAGUCUUUGAUGCUCCUCCGGGUUGCUUCGCCAUCCACCUCAAGUCCCUUGAGUACGGGUUCCGCUUCCCCCUCCAUCAGUUAGUCAUAGAUUUUUUCCUCCAUUUUGAUUUUCUCCCUUGCCAAGUCGUGCCCAAAUCCCACCGCUAUUUGGCGGGAUUUCUCAUUCGUUGCCAAGGGACCGGGGUUCGCCCCGACCUGGCCCGUUUCUUGCUUCUCUUCUGGUUGGCGAAGUCGUCUGGCCGGGCGAACUCCGACUCGGGCUCGUAUGCCUCAAUAUUCCAAAGACAGGAGAAGCUCUUCAAGACGAGAAAGGACUCCGCCAAGAGUUGGAAGGGGAAAUUCGUCUUCGUUUCUCUUUCCUCGGGCUCCCCUUUUCGUAAAGAACCCCUCAGCUCCUUUCGCCGUCGCUCCGCGUGCGUCACCUCGGACAAGAUGCUUGAGGACGUAGAGACGCUCUGCCGAGGGGGGCCCUUCGAAGUCGGUUCGAUAGUAACGAACGAUGCUUUAGCGGCACUCGGCUUCGUCUUUCUAUCCCCGGAUGAUACUCAGCGGAGCAUCGAAGAAGGCCCCUCAGGUCAGUGCAAUCUCUCCUCCUCGGCCAUCCGUGGGUCGCGACUACCUCGGAUUCCCCCGCGUCGUUCUUUUACGGCUAAGUCCUCGCCUCAUCGCUUGUCUUUUUUGGUUUGUGCAGGUGAAAUCAUGCUCUCCAGCGCCGAGCGACUGAAGCUCAUGUUCCCGGAUGCCCCUAGCGGCAACUCCUGGGCUCCUACCGUGGCUGGUCGUCCUCCGAUUCCCCCCGUGAAGCCAACCCCCGAGGCGGCCCAGAAGAAGAAGAGAAAGGAGACGGCCUCGGCCAAUGAUACUCCCCAGGGGUCCGAAUCCCCGAUGAUGAAGGAUUUCGGCCACCCGAAAUAUGUCAAGGCGGCCUUCCCUGCAGGGGUCUCCUUUCUGGAUCGGGACUACGACCCGGAGACCUUUCUGCGUAGCUUGACUCCUCUCACCGAUCGCGCCAAAAUCCAGGACGUCGACCGGGAAACUCUGGCCUCGGAUAUGUUUCACGAGAUGGGCUCGGCGAUGAUGCGCAUGGUCGACAUGAGCCAGCGGCUGCGCACUAACGAGGCCGACCGGAGCAGGGCUUAUGUUGAAAUAGCUGACCUCAACGAGGCGCUAAAGGCGGCCAAGGAGCAAGCUCGCCAGGCCGAGGAGCGGGCCCAGCAGCUCGCGGAGGAGGCUGCUCGCAAGGCGCGCCAAGAGGCUCGCGAUCAGGCUGUCGCCGAGUUCCUAGCAUCGGAUGCGUUUCAGGAGGAAACCUUCGCUCGCAUGAACGAUCUGCUCAAGGCAUGGGGGCAGACUCCUGAGGGGAAGGCAUUCGCUCACUCCGAAGGGACGUCGUGGUACAACCUCGGUUUGUUCCGAGCGCAGCAGGUCCUUACGGACAGGUUCCUCACCGGGGAGGACUUCCCCGAACCAUGCGACCAUCCUGAUGAGCUCGACACCUCCAUCUACUACACGAAUGGCGGGAACCCAGCCGGCGAGCAGCCGAAUGCCGAGUGAUAUGACUUGGAGCUUUGUUGUAUUUGAUGUAAUGGUGCUCAAAACUUCGUUUUUUUUUGAAUUCGGAUAUGCUAUGACUUGAUG